GUGGCGUGCGAAGCGGCCGGGAGCUCCCCGAAGCUUCCCUUCCUGGGGCUCCAGGGGUGGUUGGUCGUCGUUCCCUCGCGGAAAGGCCGGUAACGCGACUCCCGGGGAUGGAACCCGAACGGCGAGUCCUCUGAGAAGGGCGGAACGGGGACCCCUGGAUCUGGAGUCUGGCGGGGUGAGGCCAGCCCCGGAAGUGGUUUCUGCAGUCAGGGUGUGUUGGGGGUGCCUCCACUCACUUCUCCCCGAUGUCUGUACCCCGGAACUGGCACCCACCUGGCGCCCCAGCUGGUGUUUCUGAACCCUCUUCGUCCUUCCAGCCGGUAGUCCUGGCCCCCACGUCGCUUCUGUAGCUGUUCCUGGUUACCUGUGCCUGCUAUGUUUUUCCUGGACCUCCCCCACUGGUGUCCAUGCCCACUCACCCGGUCCACUUUUCCGUUCAAAAAAAUAAAAAACUAAACCCGCUGUCGUGGAGUCGAUUCCGACUGGUAGUGACUAUACAGGACAGAGUAGAACUGCCCCACAGGGUUUCCAAGGCUGUAAUGUUUAGAGAAGUAAGCUGCUACAUUUUUCUCUUUCAGAGUGAUUGGUGGGUUUGAACCACCAACCUUUUGGUUAGGAGCCAAGCACUUAACCACUGUGCUACCAGCUCCCUGUAAACGGUCCACACCUCCUCUAGAAAACUUUUCUGGAUUUCAGCAAUUUGGGUAAGGUUUUCUUUGGGACAUACCCUUCCAUACUGUGAGCAUGUGGAGUGGAGAGGGGCUUUGUGCACACUGGGAGUAAAAUUCAGAUCCUCACCCUAGUCGAAGUCCCGGGAAGAUCUCCCCUGGCUUUUGGAUGUACCAUUCCUUCCACCUAGAUUGCUGUCUCUACAGCUGUCAUCUUCUCAGGGCACCCUCCUGGAGAAUGAGGAUCAUGGGAUGGGAAGGGGCUGCCCUGGGCUGCGGGGCUGUAACCAGCCCCUUUAAAAACAUGCAUUAUCAUUAAAAAAAAAACUUUUUUUUUUGAAGUCUCAGCGGUAGCACGAUUGUUGGGAAGAAAAUUCAGAUGCUAUACAGAGAUUUAUAAAGGAAAAAGUGGAUGUUCUCCCCAAGUUGCUUUCCCUAGAAUUACCAGCCAGGUGUUUAUUCUUCUAGAGUCUUCCUGAACACAGCAGUAACGUAACAUAAUAGUAACAUCUGUGUACACACACAAAUAUGCAUGAAAUGGCUGUCUUAAAAUUCUGACCCCUGUGAGAUCACUUCGGAUAAGGAGGGUUAUGGCUUACUCUUUUGUUCAGCAGUGCAGGGUGGAUGGCUUUCUUCAACCACUAUACCUGUAAGUCUCAGGUGGUUGAGCUAAGCCUCGUGGACUCUGAGAGUUAGUCAUGGGGGAAGGGAAGGCCUCCCAGUGGAGGAGCUAUCCCUUGCCUUCAGGGCGCCUGGCCCACCAUCACUGGACUGCGGCUGCCGCAGGUCUCAUCUUGUCCUCUCAGCUCAUCGCCCUUGUCAGUUUUCCUAGUGCCCUUAGACUGUGUCUCACUUGUUCAGACUCCCUGUGUACUGACUUUCUGCUAGCUCCUGCCUGCACUGUGCCCGGCUGCUGGUGGGCUUCUCUCAGUUCACCAGAGACACUGGGCAUGCCCACACCUCCCAUCCUGGGAGGAGCUCUGAUGUUCACGUCUCUAGAGUCCUAGCCCCCAGGACCAUGCUUCUUGUCCUGGGUGUCCCAGUCUGGCCCAAGCAUCUGGAUGCUGCCUGGUAGGGGUGGGCCCGUUUUCCACUUGCGUGGGUUCCUGAUGCCAGGUGUUGUGAAUGUCCUUUUGAGGGCUUAAAGAUGAAGGACCUCACCUGGACAGGGAGGAGCCUGGAGAGGUCAUUCUGCAGGGUAUGGAUGGGCAGAGGGGUGCAGGCGUCCACAGCCCUGAUUGGAUGGGGGCGUGUGUCUCAGGCAGGCGGUGUGUGUGGCACAAGUGAGGGGAAAGGAGGCCAGCUUCCUGUGGCCUCACCAUGGCAACUGGCCCAAAGCCCUUUGAGCAGGAAGGUCUUGUGAUUGUCAAGAUGGAGGACAAUGAGGCCGUCCCAUAGGAGCCUGGAUCCCUCCCAGACCCUGAGCCCCCAACCCUGCCACACAGGCGUGGCAAGGACCCCCGGCAUCGAUUCCGUAGCUUUCGCUGUGAAGAGGUCUCCAGCCCAUAUGAGGCCCAGAACCGGCUGCGCAAGCUGUGCUGCCUGUGGCUGAGGCCUGAGGUGCACUCCAAGGAGCAGAUGCUGGAGCUGCUGGUGCUGGAGCAGUUCCUGAGUGUGCUGCCUCCAGAUACCCGGGUCUGGGUGGAGGCCCAGUGUCCCGAGAGUGGUGAGGAGGCUGCAGCGCUUGUGGAGGACCUUGCCCAGAUGCUUCGGCAGACUGUGCUGGCCCAGGCCCCUCACGAGGAUGGGCAGUCUGGAGACCCAGUGGAGCCAGCCAAGCCCUUCUUAGAUGGAGCCCAGCGGGUCAGGGCCCGGGCUGCAGCAGCACUGAAAGCCCUGGGCACAGGGCAAGGACACAGAUAUUCUCUGAAGAUGCCAGGGGAGAGUGAGGUAGACAGUGCCUCUCUGCCCCCUGCCUGGGGCUUGAGGACGCCACUCAAGAGGCUACCGAGCACUGGUGAGUGCCGGGGCGGCAAGCGGGACCGCAAGGCCAUCAACCUGCAAGUGAAGCUGGAGGUGGUGCGGCGCUUUGAAGCUGGAGCGAAGCUGAGUUGGGUUGCCAAGGCCCUGGGGCUGUCCACCUCCACCGUGGCCAUAAUCCGAGACAACAAGGACAAGAUCCGGGCGAGUUCCCAGGCGGCCACACCACAGGCAGCCACUAAGCUGACGCGAAGCUGCAGCCUGGUGAUGGAGAACAUGGAGCGGUUGCUGAGCGUGUGGAUCGAGGAUCAGAACCAGCGUAAGGUGCCCAUCAACGUCAUGCUCAUCCAAGAGAAGGCGCGUAGCUUGUUCGAGGACCUCAAGCGGGAGCAGGGUGAGGGUGCAGAGUCCGAAACGUUUGGGGCCAGUCGCGGGUGGUUUGCCCGCUUCAAGGCACGCCACAGCCUGCAAGGCAUUGGAGCGAGCGGUGAGGCCGCGAGCACCGAUGCAGAGGCUGCCAGCAAGUACCCUGCUCUGCUGCAGAGAGUGAUUCAGGAUGGUGGCUACACGCCCCAGCAGGCGUUCAAUGUGGACGAAACCGGGCUUUUCUAG